AGAACUAAGCUGAAGUUCCCAAUUCUCACCCAAGCAAGAAAGUGGGAAUAGGAAAGCCAAAACAAGAGUAGAAUCAACCAUCGGUAGAAGAUGAUGAAGACGAUGACUCUUCUCCUCAGCUUCCUUCUGGUCUUUUCAGUCUUUCAAAUUCAAUACACCAACUCAGCAUCAGUGGAACAACAGUGCAACGCCGAGGUUACGAAGGUGUCUCCCUGCCUUGACUACGCCACAGGGAAGGCGGCGUCUCCCACCGACCAGUGUUGCAGCGCCGUGAGCGAAAUCAGGACCAACAACCCUGUUUGCCUCUGUUACGUCAUUCAACAAACACAUGAUGGUCAAGCCCAAAUUAAGCAGCUUGGCCUUCAGGAAGCUAAGUUGCUUCAGAUACCCACCGCUUGCAAGUUGGCUAAUACUAGUUUCAGUGACUGUCCAAAGCUCUUAAGUCUAUCACCCAACUCUCCAGAUGCAGCAAUCUUUACAAAUUCUUCAUCAGCAGCAACUUCCAAUUCAACGGCUACAGCAAGUGAGGACUCCAAAUCCAACGGAUUUAAGCAUGGAACCCAUGUUGCAGGUCCUACUGCCAUCAACAUUGUUGUGGCUAUCUUCAUCUCUGUUUUCCCAACAGGUCUCUCCUCCCUGCUGCUAUGUGGAGGAGCAUGAAGCUGCACCUAAUCACCUAUCUUAUGAUAAUUUUCUCUUCAAGAAACCAGUUUUUUUUUUUUGGGUAAAUAAAAAACCAGAAAAUUUAGAACUAGGAAUGUGUAUGAGUCAGAUAUUUGAACUGAUUUUUGUGUUGAUUUUCACAAAUCUAUUCGAAUUUUUUUCCUAAUUA